AUGACAGCCAUUCCACAACCACCAGCAUCAACAACGACUCUUGGUAUUUCAGCAGCAGGAGCGCACGACCUUCCUCAGCCUCUCAAUGAUAUGACCAAUACAAAUGAUAUGCUACAAUUUGAUUCUGAAAAGGGCAUGAUUGAUGAUGACAGUCCUCGGAUAUUGGAUCCACAAGAGUUAGCAGCAGCAGCAUCAUCAACAACUAUGAAAGGGUCUGAUGCGGAUGGUGAUGAUAAGACCACCAUGGUGGAUGCUUCGGUGAUGGCAGUGGUGGAUGCAUUCAAGGAACCACCCGAUGUGGCGUUAUCGUUGGACACGGCAAAUGAUGAAACACCAAUCCCAACUUCUCAGGAAUCUUCAGUAACAACACCUGUGGAUACACCAAAUGAUACAACAUCUCUCGUCAAGUCACAUAUCGAAUCAUCGUCAUCAUCAUCAGCAGCAGCUGCUGCUGCUGCGGAUAUCAGUGUCAAAGAAAUCUCAAUCACGCCUCCUAAUAAAUGGUGUCGACGAUGUGGGGUAACCGAAACAGCUCGUUGGCGUGGUGGUCCUUUAGGAACAAGCACGCUGUGCAACGCUUGUGGUCUACGAUGGAAAAACAGAGGAUAUCCAACCCAAGGCUAUGAUCACAUGACUUAUCCACCUCCAGCAUUGCCAGAGGAUGAACGUCCCACCAAGCGUCGUGCUAUCACUCGUCGAAGGAACCGUAGCAGCAAUUCAAAAACAGAUGACACAUCUUCCGAGGACGAAUCAACAACACCAACAACAACAACAAAAUCUUCAUCAGCGCCACAAAUCGAGGAACACAUUGCAUCAUUAUCUGAUUUCAUACCACAAGAUACCUUUCAACGCCUAUUGUGCCAGCGAAAAUCGUUUCUAAAGGCCGGCAUGUAUUCCACACACUAUAAGCAACCAUUGAAUGGCAAGAAAAAGUCGACGACAAAGGAAAAGAAAAAGUUCAGUCUACCAUUACCGAUGCAUCAAGGAGUUUGGCUCUUGCGCAAAGAAAAGGAAUUCAGUCUCCCACCUUCUAUUGUUGAAGAACACAGCCUUGGUAUCCUGGCACCUACCUAUAUACAAAUAACAUCAAAUAUUCCAUUGGGAGCCAAGGGCAAGGGCAAGCAUGGCGUACAAGAGACACCACCCUGUCAAUGCAAACGACCGGUUGAAGGCAAAAUGGGAUGUGGUGAAGAUUGCUUAAACAGGAUGAUGUUUUAUGAAUGCGAUCCUCAUACAUGUGCUAGUGGUGAUCAAUGCGGGAAUCGGAGGUUUCAAAACAAGGCAUUUGUGAAAGAACUGGAGCCUUUCCAGACCAUGCAAGGACGAGGAUGGGGAUUGAGGACAUUGGUUGAUAUUCCAAAGGGACAAUUGAUUACAGAAUAUUGUGGCGAGAUCAUCACACAAGACAUGUGCGAUCAGCGAAUGCGCACCACGUACAAGAACAAGCAAAACUUUUACUUUCUGGAAUAUUCGCCUGGAUUGGUCAUUGAUGCUGGUAUCAAAGGAAGUCAAGCGAGAUUCAUCAAUCAUAGCUGUGAACCCAAUUGUCAUAUUGAGAAAUGGUCAUUGAGGAACGAGAUCUUUGUGGGAGUAUUUGCAUCGAGAGACAUAUCCAAGGACGAGGAACUCUUUUAUGAUUACAACUUUGCUACAUUUGGUGGUGGUCAAGAUCAAACAUGUUAUUGUGGAAGCCCUCAGUGCCGUGGUACGAUGGGCAGGAAAUCACGGCGUGACCGAGCCUAG